UGUAUCUGUGAUCGUUGUGUCGAAGCGUGUGUAAAUGUGUCUCAGCAGCAGAAACAUGGGGGAAGCAGAGACUGUGCCAUCCGACGACAAACAAGCAGAAACCGGCAUCUGCACAGCCGAGGACUCGAUCGUAUGGAGUCAAGAAGUAGAAGUGUGUCUUUUUCACGCAAUGCUGGGUCAUAAACCCGUCGGAGUGAAUCGUCAUUUCCACAUGAUCUGUAUUCGUGAUAAGUUCAGUCAGAACAUCGGCAGGCAGGUGUCCUCUAAAGUCAUCUGGGAUCACCUGAGCACCAUGUACGACAUGCAGGCGCUGCACGAAUCAGAAAUACUCCCGUUUCCAAACUCGGAGAAGAGCUUUGUGCUGCCUGAAGAGAUCAUACAGGAAGUCAAGGAAGGUAAAGUAGGAUCUGAAGACGAAGUGAAGGAGGAGUUCAAAGAAGAGAGUGACCCACCUGCAACCCAUGAAGAAGGUCUGGGUCCCAGUAUGGCUGGCCAGGAUUUUGCGAGGUAUGGACAGAAGAAAACGUUUCGCUCUGUUCCAAAGCUCCAGCUUGAGCUCAGUACAGACCAGCUCAUUACCAGAGGCCUCUGUAGACAGCCUUCAGAGACCUCUGACCAUCAAUUCCUCGGUGAAGAUGUCGGAGAGGUCGGGCAACGGGCGCGAGAAAGAGAGAGAGCGGGCGGAGAGGGGGGGCUCAGGUGAGAUGGGCAGCGGGUCGAAAGAAUCAUCCGGGGAGAAGAGGAAGAGGAGUCGAGCCGUGGAGAAGGUGAUGAACUCCAGCAACCCCUCCAGCCCCGGAGGAGCCAAGCGCCGCAGGACGUAGCCACAGCUUGCAGCAGGAUGACUUGGGACAUCAGACAUUUGAAAAGAACUGAAAAGAAAGGUGUAGCUGUUAUUGGUCGUGCUAGAGCCAAUGUGCAAGUGAAAUGACAUGAUGUUCGUCUGCGUUAUCUGCAGUCCAGAGGUUCACUGCGAGAGGCGUUCUGAGCUCUUCACUGACAGAUGGAGCAAAUAUAGACAAAGCAAAGUCUUUGGUGGUUGUGUAGGAUAUGACUAGACUGAUGGGGAAAGUAUGAUAAACAAAUAAGCUUUCCUCUGCCGAGUUUGGACUCAAAACAGCAAGUUUUUAAAAAAGAUUUGUGGGAAUUUUAAGUGGUAGCUUUAUUUUAUUUUCGUCAGAGCAGACGUUCUUGAGACGGACCAGAGAAUCGACUAGUUUGUUGUGAUUUUAUUAGAACUUACACUGUAAAUAAGCGGAGCUAGAUGUGUUAUUAACUGUAUGAAAUAACUUGGUUCUAUUAGCCAAUUAGACGGUCAAUGAUCUGAUGCUUAGGAAAUAGUGAUUGACAUUUGCACUGUUUCUGAGUCAUGUUUGAUUGAAAUAUUUGACCGAAUGUGUGUUAAACACAUCAGGAGUAUGUCCCUGAUUAAAAAAAUAAUAGUGAA